AGAUAACCCCUUUUCGCACUUGUUUUCAUAUCAGGUCCAACAGACCACCGAAUGCAAACCUUGAUGUAGAAAAUCAGAAAAGAAAGCGACGAGAGUUUGAGCUACGACGCUCCAGUACUAAAAAGAAACUGCUUGCUGCUCCAGGUGAAAUUACAAAUGAUGCAGACCAUCCCCCCAUACCCGUGGAGCAGUUUGGGAAGCAUGUGACGAAAAUGCACAAGUCUGAUGAUCGUGGAUUUAUGAUCGAAUACAAUAAAUUGGACAGUGGUCAAGAGUAUGCCAGUGAUGCCGCGCUGCUGCCAGAAAACAAGGCAAAGAACAGAUAUGGCAACAUUAUUGCUUAUGACCAUUCUCGCGUUGCACUGUCCCCAAUUGAAGGAGUGGCAGGCUCGGAUUUCAUUAACGCCUCAAGAGUUGAUGGAUACAACAAACCAAACGCAUACGUUGCUAGUCAAGGCCCAGUCCCUCCCGCCUUUGACGAUUUUUGGAGGAUGGUAUGGGAACAGCGGUCAGCUUCAAUAGUCAUGUUGACAAAUCUACAAGAGAGACACAAGCUGAAAUGCCACAAAUACUGGCCAGACGAGACACAGGACUACGGAGACAUUUCUGUGAUGCUUGUUAAGUCAGAGCACUAUUCAGACUACAUAAUAAGAACGUUUAAUGUGAAGCGGGAAAGCGAAAAGGAGGAGAGAGAAGUGAAACAGUUUCAUUUCACUGUGUGGCCUGAUCAUGGCGUGCCUGAAUAUCCCACUGCCUUGCUGGCAUUCAGGAGACGAGUCAGAGCUUAUAACCCGGCUGAUGCUGGACCGCUUAUUGUGCACUGCAGUGCUGGAGUUGGCAGGACAGGUACAUUCAUGGUUAUCGAUAGCACGCUCGACAGGAUAAAGGCGGAAAGUACAAUCGAUAUUUUCAACUUUGUUGCUUACUUGAGAACACGAAGAACAGCCAUGGUUCAAACAGAGGAGCAAUACACCUUUUGCCAUGACGCCAUUUUAGAAUCCGUGCAGUGCGGCAACACACAGAUCUACGCUCAUGACUUGAGAAUAACGCUAGCUCGUAUGAAUGAAGGGAACAAAGAAUCCAAAGUGACACGCUUUGAGUCUGAAUUCAAGACACUCAACAAAGUCAGCCCAGUACUACACAAAGGACACUGUAUUGUGGCGUCGUAUCCAGAGAACAAGGAGAAAAACAGAUCGCAAGAAAUUCUAGCACCUGACUGUUAUAGAGUGAUUCUUACUGCAAUUGAUGACAAUGAGUCCACUUCCUACAUAAAUGCUGUUCAUAUUUCGGGUUACAAGCAGCAGCAUGCUUUUAUUGUAACGCAACACCCUAUGACUUCCACCGUGACUGACUUUUGGCGCAUGCUCUGUGAGCAAGAAUGUUCCUGUGUCGUGUUGUUUGAUUCAAAAGAGGAAGAAGCGGAUUUCCCAGUCUUUUGGCCCGAAUCUGACACAGCGACCUACGACGACAUGUUAACGGUCCAGCGGUUGGCUGUCAACAGUAGCAGUGUAGAUAACUUGAAGGCGAACUAUGACCAAUCAGAAAUCACCGAGAAGACCUUUAAAGCCACUGACCUGAGAACGCCUGAGAAGAGUCUGCGGAUAAAGAUGUUUCAGUACAGUGGUUGGGCCGAUGGCAAUAAAGUUCCCUCAGGUUCUGGUCUGAUUACUUUGAUCGCUAAAGUUGAGAAGUGGCAGCAGCACUCUGGAAACGGACCCAUCACAGUUAUCUGCAGUGACGGUCUUGGUCGCAGUGGAACAUUUUGUGCGCUGUACUCGGUGCUUGAACGCCUGAAGAUCGAGCAAGUCAUCGAUGUAUUUCAGGCGAUCAAAGCCAUGAGAAUUUCCCGCCCUGGACUGGUGAAGACUGCAGCGGAGUAUAAAUUUAUCCAUUAUGCCAUCCAAGAUUACUUAUCAGCCUUCGAUGACUACGCGAACUUCAAGCCUUGAAAGACAGUCUGCUUAGAACAGAAAAGUAUGAAUUGAAAAAAAAAAGCUAACAGCUAUGAGGACGCUUGAGGUCUCCUUUUGAGAUUGUAGCGUAAAUCAGCCACGCUUUUAAUCAACUAUCAGAUCAGCUUAAAGCUUAGUAGGACUAAAAUGAGUUAAUAUCGCGUGCGUAAAUUUAGUCAGUCUUCAGACACUUUAUUUUGUCGUGAGUUCGUUGAUAUAAACGUCUGUGGACUUGGAUACUCUUACCUGACACCCGCGGGUCCCUAAAAUGAACGCAUGUUCCGCUUUGGAACUGUACUCCCUCGCGCGAAAUCCACGCUAUUAGUGGAACAGAAUUCUGUCAGUUAUAUCCGCAAUUCGAUUGCGAAUCAAUUGAAUUAACUUCCUUUUACGCAUUAGUAUUCUAUACAGUAUAGUUAUUUUAUAAUUGUACAGAGACUGAAAUAGCAACAGAAAUAAAAGAAUGACCUAGAGGGGUAUAAUACCUCCAUAGAAAAUUAGAAUAGCGACUGACAGAAGGGACUUUCUACGGAGUUACCGACAGUUGCCAUAAUUGAAUUGAUGCUUUUUAGGUGAUUUCACAUUAAAAGUGAUUUUUGAUAAAGUGUACAUUAGAUUACUGCAGGAGUUUUAUGUGGUCGAAACUUAGUGUUUUGUUUGCCCGUUAUGUAUUAUAGAUACAGUGUAGGUCUGCAUUUUGUCCAAAAAUUGAUUAUCGAUGGAAAGGUCAUUGUUUGGCAAAUUGCUGGUUUCAAAGUUCUACGAUAGUCAGUGAAUCAUCAAAGUUAUUAUCGUCUUAAGUUGACAUAAAAGAGUGGGUAAAAGUGUCGCGAAACAGUUGUUUAGGCAUGGUCUCAUGGUCUGACACUACGUGAAGGAUUUGCAGUAACAGAUGUAAGAGUAGAUUAAAAUGAAAUGCACAUUUAGUAACUUAAUGGUGCUAUCCCUUAAUGAUAGUUUUUAUUAUAUAUAUGAAAAUCUUUUAUAAAGUCAUUUCAGUAUUGUAAAGCAUUGACUUUGUUUGGUGACUUUUUGCGAUGUUUGAAAUGCCAGUUUCGUAUAGUUGCAUGAGAUUGCUAGCUCGAAAAUUACGAAGCCUUAACACACCUUGAAUGCGCCAAUGUGUGUGGUAUUUGCUCUCAACGGUAUGCUAGGUAACUCUGUAAGAGGUUUAUUGUGCGUGAGGUAAAUUGAGACCUUUUUUAUAACCAGGUUGAAAUUAUGAAAUGUUUUUACAUGUAAAAUGUAGUUAGCCAGAUAUAAUAUAGAAUUAUAUCUAGAAAUAGCAAUACCGAAAUGCUGAAUGCGAACCCUAGUCAAAUCGCAGAGGCUUUUUCUUUUAUUAUAAAUCUAUUCUAUUAUUAUAAAUAUAACAAGUAUUUUCUUUCUCUAAGCAAGUGCAUGAGAGUGAAUGUAUUUCCAAUAGUGACCAGGUUAUGGUUUUAUAAUUUAUAAGUGAUAUUUUACCUAUAACUAAAUCUAAAUCUAUAAGCAUAAAGGGGUGUCUUUAUUCUAAAUUGCCUAAGGAAAGGACUGCAGUAAUCCAGAAACAUGGAUAACCUUUAUGCCCGUCAUCGAAGCAUGAAGUUUUUAUUUUUAACCUCAGUAGAAGGUAAACAAUUUCAGUGUUUUCGAGGGAAAAUAUAAAUACUGUUUCCCAAGGAACCAGUGAUUAUUUUGUUAGAUAGCUGCAGUUUUGUGCAAAGUACUAAGGCAGGAAGAAUUAAGAGUAACCUCUGGUUAGUGGAAGAGCGGGCGGCCUUUAGAUUUAGUCAUUGCUACGUGACCAUAAAUCAACCAAUAAUAGCGCACGUUAGGUUCAACUUAACUCCAGCUGUAUAACAAAAACACUUAUUAAAGUAUGGUAUGAUAAAAAUGAAAAUAAAUAAAUUUAUGAAGUUAAUGGA